UGGGCAGUGGGCACUUCAUCUCUACGUUUUGAAAGGGCAAAAAGAAGUAUAGCGUCAAAAAGUCACCCCCCAUCUGGAAGGAAAACGCAAGGGUUAGGGUUUGGCGAUGGAAGGGAGCUGGAAAAUCCAUCGACUCCAGCAGGUGAUUGCAGCGCUGCUGAUUACUUCCUUCGCCUCUCAGAUCUGCGCUUCCGAUGUGAUCUACUACGAGCCGUUUGACGAACCUUUCGAGGGCCGGUGGAUUGUGUCUCAGAAGGAUGACUACAAAGGUGUCUGGAAGCAUUCAAAAAGUGAGGGACAUGACGAUUACGGCCUUCUGGUUAGCGACAAGGCGAGGAAGUAUGCAAUAGUAAAAGAGCUAGACCAGGUUAGUCUCAAGGACAGAACAGUUGUCCUGCAGUUUGAGGUGCGGCUCCAGGAUGGGCUAGAAUGUGGUGGUGCAUACCUGAAGUACCUCCGACCCCAAGAGGCUGGAUGGCAACCUAAGGAAUUUGACAAUGAGUCUCCUUAUUCCAUCAUGUUUGGACCUGACAAGUGUGGCUCCACAAACAAGGUGCACUUCAUCUUUAAGCACAAGAACCCCAAGAGUGGGGAGUAUGUUGAGCACCAUCUGAAGAACCCCCCUUCUGUACCCUCCGACAAACUCUCCCAUAUCUACACUGCAAUACUGAAGCCUGAUAAUGAACUUAGUAUUUUAAUAGAUGGGGAGGAGAAGAAGAAGGCAAAUUUCCUCUCUGCUGAUGAUUUUGAGCCGCCUUUAAUUCCUGACAAGACAAUUCCUGACCCAAAUGACAAGAAACCAGAGGACUGGGAUGAACGGGCUAAGAUUCCAGAUCCAAAUGCUGUGAAGCCAGAUGAUUGGGAUGAGGAUGCACCCAUGGAAAUUGAAGAUGAAGAAGCUGUGAAACCUGAAGGGUGGUUGGAUGAUGAGCCUGAGGAGAUUGAUGAUCCUGAUUCUACAAAGCCAGAAGAUUGGGAUGACGAAGAAGAUGGUGAAUGGGAGCCACCAAAGAUUGAUAAUCCAAAGUGCGAGAUUGCACCUGGUUGUGGUGAGUGGAAGAGGCCAACGAAGAGCAAUCCUGCUUACAAAGGAAAAUGGCACGCUCCUCUAAUUGAUAACCCAGAUUAUAAGGGCAUAUGGAAACCGCAACAAAUCCCAAAUCCUGAUUACUUUGAGCUUGAGAAACCUGAUUUUGAGCCCAUUGCUGCAAUUGGCAUUGAGAUCUGGACAAUGCAAGACGGCAUAUUGUUUGACAAUAUUCUCAUUGCUAGUGAUGAGAAGGUUGCAGAAUCGUACAGGCUAACAACAUGGAAGCCAAAAUUUGACAUUGAGAAAGAGAAACAAAAGGCUGAAGAAGCAGCUUCUGGUCUUUCAGAUGGCCUGUCUGGCUUGCAGAAGAAGUUUUUUGACCUUCUUUACAAGAUAGGGGACAUUCCUUUCUUGGAUGCAUACAAACCAAUGAUCAUUGAUCUCAUCGAAAAGGGAGAAAAACAACCCAAUAUAACAAUUGGUGUUAUUGUUUCAAUAGUGGUUGUUAUUUUGACAGUUUUCUUUAGAAUCCUUUUUGGUGGUAAAAAAACAGCGGCCAGCGUCAGUGAAACACACGGAGCUGGAGCUGCACCUGCAGAGACCUCCACCAAUCAAGAGGAAAGCAGUGGGGAGAAGGAGGAAGACGAGCAUGAGAAGGAGGAUGCUGCUGCUGCCCCUCCACGUAGGAGGUCUACCAGAAGGGAAAACUGAACUAGGAACGUCAGAAUCGCCCUUGGUUGUUACUUUGCAAUUUUGAGGAGUUAGGGAUUGAGUGGACUGUAUUUUGUUUUAAGUGAUGUUCCCUGAAUUUUCUUUUCUUCUUCUGUUUCUGAGUACUUAUUUUGGUGUAGAUUGGUUUAAACUCUAGUAAUUUUGAUUGUUGUUUAUGCGGAAUAUGCUACGGGCCAGCCACGCUUUGACUGGCAUGUUAAUUAAUUACCUUUGGUCUU